AUGGACCCUGGAGUGUUUUCAGCUUCCUUGAAAGCAGCGCUGGCGAAAUGGAGGGAGCAGGGAAUAAGAGGUGUCUGGAUCAAAUUGCCCAUCACCCUUUCCAACCUUAUUCCACCAGUUGUAGAGAUCUUGGCUGUACAAGAAAAGAGUGGUGUGCUUCGAGGCCUAGGUGUGUGGAAAUUUCCAACUGGUGUAGUUGAACCGGGGGAAGAUAUUAAUGUUGGAGCCGUAAGAGAAGUAAAAGAAGAGACAGGGGUGUGCCUGCUUAAACCACUUUCAUAUGACAUUUACGAAGCAAGACUAGAAAUAGAGGCAUGCCAGUGGAUGCCAAUAGAGGAAUUUGCAGCGCAACCAUUUCUCCAGAAACAUGAGCUUGCGAAGUACAUCCUCGAAGUAGGCCUGGCUAAAGUUGACAAGGAAUAUGCAGGUUUUCAAUCUCCAUAA